AUGGCCAAGCGACUAUCGCCAGUCGAAGGUUUUCUGGAGUACCAAAAUCCAGGCGAACAGCGGCAUGAAUUCGCAGACCAGGCAGUCAAGUUCACCAGCGUGUACCUUUCAUCAAAAACAGCAUGUUUUCGUCUCACUUUUACCAUCCUGGGUGGCGAACACAACGAAAUUCCCAUAUAUCUGCAAAUUGCAUCUGACGAUCUCGAUUCGUUCCGUUAUAAGACCUGCAAAUUGAAGGAUAGAGGCCUACCUCAGCUUGACGAACUGCGCAGGCGGCUGGGUCGCAAGGGCGGCAGGGGCGACCUAACUCACCUUCGAUUCGUCUUGCGCAAUGGCGUCCACCUACAGCGCAUUGUACCCCAUAAACUUCCCGAUUACGAGGCUCUCGACGACCCAUCUCGACAUGUCCUUGACACUGUUGCAUCGAUCGCGGCCUCUCCGUCAUUCUCCUUAUACAUUCCGGCCAAUCGACUAUCCAGGAAAUUGCUUGACGUUUGCGUCGAAGCUGUUCAGCGAUGUUCAGAGUUAACAAAAGAAGAGUUUCUGUCGUAUCAACGAGCGGUCCAACUGCAGAGGCUGUACGGUGGCGGCGGUGGCAGGAUGCUUGCCGUCCAUGAUGACGACGCUGCCGUCGAUCGUGAUCUAGCCGUCGACGACCACGAUAGUAACUCUCGACAAGAGACCGAUUCGUGCGCGACAUUGGGCUUCGACGUUGUUCCGCGUGAACGGAACUCUCCUCCGCAUUAUGACGCGGGCUCCGUCGAUGGGAAGAAACCCAUGGCGAACCUGGCUGACACGGCCAACGUCGACAACUCCGUUAUUGAGUGUCCGCCGCCGGAGUAUGGUGACAUCGAACAGGCUCGCGACACGCCGAUGGCUCUCAAGCGCGUGCGCCAAUGGGUGGAUGAAGGCGGGUCUCCGCAGCCAAGUCCCAAACGAGUGUCUUCGCUAGGUUCAUGUGUCGCGAUAUCUGCUUCGGCUUCAGCAACCAACGUGCGACGACUUGAUGCAAAAAAGAGGAGACUCGAAUUCGAAAAUGCGGAUGUCGACGGCUGCAUGCUGCUGCACGACUUAUCACGUCGGGUUAUUGAGCAAGAAAACCGGCAGGUGAUGCAAGAACAAGAAAACCACCAAUUACGGCAUGAGAUCAAGCUAUUACAAGAGACAGUCGAAGAACUGCGACAGCAGAAUACGAGCUGUGCGAAACGUCAAAGCGAGGUGGAAGAGAUUUGUGGUGGUUUGGAACAUCAACAAGAUCUGGUCAAGGACGAGCUGGAGAAUUUCGAUGUACAGGUUGACGAGCUGGAAGGGAAACUUGACGAGGUCGAGAAGCACAUGCUAUGCUUUCUGGAGGAGCUGGGGGAUUUGGUGAGACGGACGAUUCGGGACAUGCUGCAAGAGGACAUGCUGCAAGAGGAGAUGGUGCGAGACGCCAUCGCCGUCGUGGUUAAGGAAUGCGUGGAUGACUGGUUGAGCGACUACAUACGCGGAGAGGGCGAAGUUAACUUGGCUGGACCAGCGAGAGCAUAUUUGUGUAAGAUCGUCACGGACCAGGUAGCCACGGUGAAGGCAAACAUAUGCAAGGCUCUACGAGAGUAA